CGAUCGCAAACGCCCCCAGUGUCAUGCCUGCGAACAAACAGGCCUGCAGUGUGAAUACCCGCUGCACUCGAAGAAACCUGGGCCAAAGCUUGGCAAGUCACCGCGUCAAAUCAGAUGUCAACAGAUCCUUCCAGCGCCAGAAGAGGAAACGGCGAGAACGUCAGACCAGAACAAGAGUACAGAAUGAGCCCGAGGGUCUACAUUCCCCAGGGUCGGCCUCCCAUAAUGGUGAUGGCCCUGAAGGUCCCCUUUCGCUUCCCGACGCAGAAGGGAGCCCCCCAACAGCGAACUUGGAGGAACAACGGAGUCCACACCUUCGUAGCACAAACGAGUCGAGGAUUAACAUGAGCAACCUAUCUUUCAUUCUACAUCCCUCCCAUGAGGCGGCUACGACAGAAAAUGAUCCAUCUGCUAGGAGCGCAGAGCACAACGAACAACAGCUUCUUGUGGAUCGAUCUUGCGAUGCCCUCGGACACUCUCGCGAUUUUGUGGAAGAUAUGCAAGUGGUCCUGGUUUUCUUUUCAGACCUCUCUGUAGCCUAUAGCGAAGGAGCAAUUGGCUCAACUGGACUCGGC